AUGAUGCUCUUAUUCUGGGCCACCCUGGCCCUCAUACUGGGUAGUUCAAUUGUCAUUGCUGACUCCCUGAAAGACAUUGAGCAUGUGGUGAUCUUCAUGCAAGAGAACCGUUCCUGGGACUGCUAUUUUGGCACCAUGCCUGGUGUUCGUGGAUUCAAUGACCCCAAUGUCCAGGUCAACAGUGAUGGCCAGCCUGUCUGGCACCAGCAGGUUGACCCUGAAAUUUCUCAAGACGCCAAGACCCUGCUGCCAUGGUACCUGGGCUAUCUGGGCGGAGAUACUCUCGAUGCCAUCCAGUGUAUUUCAGCUGGUGACAAUAGCUACUAUGCUAAUCAAGCGGCUUAUAACCACGGGCUGAACAACAACUGGGCUCGUAACAAUACUCCUUGGAGCUGGGGCUACUACAAACGCCAGGACCUCCCCGUCCAAUUUGCCAUUGCUGAGGGCUGGACCGCGGGUGACAUGUAUCAGGAAGCUCAAAUCACUGCUACAAAUCCUAACCGUGUGACCCUGGUCAGUGGCUCCAUCAAUGUUCCUGGUGGCCCCCAAGGUAAAGACCAGGGCGGUGUCUAUAUUGACAACAGGGAAGCUCCUGGGUGUGAUGAGCAUGGUACCAGCUGCUAUCCUCUUCGUUGGAAGACCAUCUAUGAGUACUACGAGGAGGCGGGAGUCUCUUGGCAGCUGUACCAGGAUGCAGAUAACUUUGAUGACAAUCCGCUAGCAUGGUUUCACCAGUUCCAAAAUGCUCACCCGGAUUCUCCCCUAGCUCAGAAGGGUAUGGGAUUUGUGGGACUGGAGGCCUUUUACUUGGCCGCCGCUACCGGUACUCUUCCAGCGAUCAGCUUUAUUGUUGGUCCCCAGGAGCUAUCGGAGCACCCUCCAUGGAUGCCCAAGGAUGGUGCUUGGCUGCAAAAGCAAGUUGUGGACGCUGUCACCAGCAGCCCCAAGUACUCCAAGACUCUACUCAUGAUCAGCUUUGAUGAGACCGGUGGCUUCGGCGAUCAUGUCACUCCAUUCCACUCUCCCCAUGGGACUCCCGGUGAAUGGAUGACAGACCCUCUCGGGGUUUUCGGUGAAGUAUUUUCUGGGCCUGGUUUCCGCGUGCCAUUCGUCAUGGUCUCACCUUGGACUCGAGGCAACCGGGUCUUCACAGAACGCGCAGAUCACAACUCUCAAAUUCUUUUCCUUGAAAAGUGGCUCGCAGCCAGAGGUCACAAGAACAUCGAGACCGAUCAAAUGGUGCACUGGCGUCGGGAGCACAUGUCCGACCUGGUUAAUGCGUUAGACUUUGAAAAUCCUGAUUACUCUCUUCCUUAUAUUCCAGAGGCCGCAACUCCCCAUAUCAACAGCCAAGGCAGUUAUGUUGGAACAGGGGAUUGCCUAAACCGUCACAGGGACCCUCGCCCUCCUGUACCGUAUGGCAAACAGACAAAUGUGAACAACACCUUGUUCUUCGAAGAUGGCUUCAAGGAAGUAGUGGGAUACUUGACUGAGGGUCGUUACUUGACUUUCGAGAAGGGUGGCCAAGCCUUGACCAUCCCCAAGCCGAGGGAUUACGUUAAGAGUCUUAAGACCAGCCGUGCCAAGCGCGAUCACAGUGAGAUAACCCAGCGCUGGGUCAUCCACUACAUCGACGGCGAAGAAAGUGGAAUCUUCACGAUGUCUAGCGCCUUUGAUGGUCGAUGGAUUGGUCAUCGUUGUGAGCUGCUCGGCACUGACUACCGUGAUGCGGCAGCGCCAUUGCGAAUUUCCUUUCUAGGUAACGGCAACGGGUAUACCAUCCAAUUUGUUCGUGGUGGAGAAUACCUCACUAUUGAUAGGGAUGGUAACCUUAAGAUGAUGAACCCCAGCCCGGCUCCGAAGGAGGGCUUCAAGGUUUUCAGUGUCACUUAUCAUGACUAA